AACACACAGACAUGUCAGUUCCUGUCUUCUCUGGAAAAAUGAUCCCGCUGGUUAUAUCCCGCCGCCUGCCAGUCGAGUGUGUGGGCAGAGCGCCCUGAAGGUCUGUCACUACAGCAACAGGCUGAACAGAGCAGGAAGAAGAAGAAGAAGAAGAGAUGUGACAGGAGACACCAGCAGCAGAUCUGAAGACAUCAGGUCAGCGGAAGAAGAAGAAGAAACAGGAAGCUGAAAAGUCCUCCUCGCCACUGCAGGUCCAGGUGUUCUGGGACUGUUGUGGGUCCCAUGGUUCUCCUGUGCAGACAAGUCCAGGAUGUGGUUAGCUUAGCUUGGCUCAAAGACUGGAAGCAGGGGGAAACUGCUAGCCUAGCUUCAUCCAAAGAAAGUUUGAUGGACUCGUUGUGGUCAGCUGGUCUGAUGUGGUACAAGUGCGUCAAACAUGUUGGCUGAUUUGGUUCGCCUGGAACACGCCAAGGAACACGCCAAGGAACACGCCAAGGAACACGCCAAGGAACAGACCCCGUCUGUAUGGUUUUAAUUUUUUCUUCUUCGUUUAACUUCUAGCAGACUAGACACAGGAAGUGCAUCGCUGCCUCCCGCCACUUAAAAACAACAACGCAUUUGGUCUUUGCAAACAGAAAUGACGAAUUUAUUUGCAUUCAGAGCGGGAAAUGAGAUCUGAUCACACGUACUGAGACGCGUGUUAAUACCACGUGUGAACUGACGAACUCAGAGCUGUCCACUUGUGAUCGGAUGUUAAUGCCAGGUCUUCGUCCUCCAGGUCUCCAGCAUGUCUUCAGUAAGAGCUGCAGCCGUCCAGCUGAGCUGCUGCGUCUUCAUCGUCUUCAUCGUCUUCAUCGUCCCGCCCUGCAGAGGUCAAGAAAGUAACUGCAGCUGUAACGUCACCAACAGCCGCUGUGAUGAGUCCGGAGUCUGCAGAUGUGACCCUGGUUGGGACGGUGAGCGGUGCGACCACUGCGUGCCGAUGCCCGGCUGUCUUCAUGGUUCCUGUCAGCAGCCGUGGCAGUGCAGCUGUGAGCCGGGCUGGGGGGGGCGCUUCUGUGACAAAGACCUCUUCGUGUGCUCGGAGCGGCCGCCGUGUCAGAACGGGGCGACCUGCGUGACCGAGGACAGCGGGGAAUACGCCUGUCUGUGUCCGGAAGGCUUUCACGGCAGAGACUGUCAACUGAAGAUGGGACCCUGUCACCAGAGGAGGUCUCCGUGUAAAAAUGGCGGUCUGUGUGAGGACGCUGACGGCUUCGCGGCGGAGUUGACGUGCCGCUGCCUGGCUGGCUUCACAGGACCGCGCUGUGAGACCGACGUGGACGACUGCUUGAUGAGGCCGUGUGCCAACGGCGCAACCUGCCUGGAUGCCGUCAACCGCUUCUCGUGCCUCUGCCCUGCCGGCUUCACCGGGCGCUUCUGCACCGUCAACCUGGAUGACUGCGCCAGCCAGCCCUGCCUUAACGCAGGCCGCUGCCUGGACCGCGCCGGAGACUUCCACUGCAUCUGCCGGCCCGGCUACACCGGAGCCACCUGCGAGCUGAGUAGCCACGAACCCGGCUGGACGAUGCUGGGGUGGGAGGGGGGAGGAGGCGGGGUCAGACCUCAGCUGACCACCGGGGGUAAGAAUCAGCGGAGCAGCACCACCAGCAGCGGGAACAGCAGUCGUCAUGGCGACAGGCUGUUUAAGGUGACGGUGAGCGAGCGCAGCGCCGCCGGCCUGUCGGAGGUCCAGCUCAUCGUGCUGCUGGUGCUGGCAGGGGUGACGCUGGCCGUGGUCGUGCUGACCGCCGCCCUUGUGUUGCAGCGUCACUGCAGGAACUGUGGCCACGCCCCCUGCUGGCUGCUGACAUCAUCACCAUCAUCAUCAUCAUCAUUACAGCAGCGAGGACAGCAGAGCGGCUGGCGAGCAAGGCAGGAUGAGCCAGAGUGUCAGAUCAGCUUCCUGAACGUAGCAGAACCAGAGAAGAAGAAACUGAACACUGAGAUCAUAUAGACUGAGAGAGAAAGAGAGAGAGAGAGGAGGACAUCCUCUCUCAUCCACCACCGCAGGGUCAGAGGUCAGAGGUCAGAACUGGGAUCCAGUUCAACAGGAUGUGGUCGGGUUCUCCCAGUGUUGAACCAUGAUGGUCAGUCUGAAACUAAAAGAACCAGAGUUUUAUUCCACACAUUCUUCUUCCUGGUCAAAGCCUGCUGCCUACAUUACCCACAAUGCCCCUCUCCCUCUGUCAGUGAUGUGGUAGAUUGUGGUUCGUUAUGCUAGCAGCAGCUAAUGUAGCCUGCAGCGGAGAUGAUUUAAAAACACCUGGAGACACCUGGAGACAUCUACAGACAUCUGGAGACAGCUGGAGACAUCUGGAGACAUCUGGAGACACUGAAGGCUUUAUGAAACACCUGGGAACUACCAGCAGUAUAUAAAGUGAUUAAAAGUAGCUCCACAUUUACCAGCAGCAACAUUAAAGUGAUGAACACAUUAAUGCAUCAAUCAUUAGAAUACUAUAAUAUAAUAUAGAUUAUUCUGCAC